GGUAAACAACCGGACAUUCAAUGAUCAUUGUAGAAGCAGCUUCAGACAUUUGCUUGGUCACACUAAAAAUUCUAGCGCCUGGUUGUUCUGGGGAAUGCAUGGUCGACCACACUGGUGUUGGCCACAGGACCGAAUGAUGAUCUUGAACUGACUUUAGAGACGAAGAAAUGAAACUGCUGAGCCGUACCGCAUAGAAUGGAGGUGGCUGAUCACAACGGAAGUGGGGGUGACGUCGGAGCACAGGACCGAAAUUCUCGGCUUCUGGCUGACGUAUUUUGGCUGGGAGACGAUUCGACAAGUGUAGUUUUGAUUCAGCUUCUCGAAGACAGCUUAUUGAUAGGCAGCUAUGGCAGUACGUUCGCAGAGAAAAUCGCUUUCACCGAUAUUGUUGGCUCUAGUGCUGUAGAGUAUCCCGGCGUACGACAUGGACAGGUCGUGUUGUAUGUGUAUCCGAAAGUAUCUGGGCCACGAACCCGACGCUGCUUGACUUUCUCCUUGGACAGCAGAGCCGACAGGCAGGAGAACAUUGAUACCUGUCAGCUAUGGAGCAGAGCAAUUGAAGCUCGAUCUAGAGGAGUGUCAGUAAGUGUGCAAAAUGGCCGGUUGGUCAUACCCAAGUCGAGAGCACGGCAUUAUCUGAUUUACGUCAACCCGUUCAGCGGCACAGGAAAAGCCGACACUCUACUGAAGACGGUUGUCCUGCCGAUGCUGGAGGAUGCUGGCUGCACCCACCGGUUGGUCCGAUCAACCUCUGCUGGCUUUGUCAUCAGCCACAUGAAGGAAGUCGACCUGACUGGCGUCGACUGCAUCAUGGCCAUAUCAGGCGACGGCAUGUUAUUUGAGAUCGUGAAUGGUAUUAUGGAGCGUAGUGACCAUGAUGAGGUGCUGAACAGCAUACCUCUGACAGUAAUUCCAUGUGGUUCUGGCAACGCUAUAAGUGGUAGUAUUAAUAACCAGGUGAAAGAGUACCACCAUGCAAGUAAUGCCGCUUUCGUUGCUGUUAAGGGCAAGCCCGUGGAUUUGGACGUGAUGGAGAUCCAAGGUGGUGAUGGCAGGCAUCUGUACUCCGUCCUCUCCAUCGAAUGGGGUCUCCUGGCGGAGAUUGAUAUCAAGUCGGAUUCACUGCGUCACCUGGGUCCUGCUCGGUUUAUGCUGACAUUCGCUCAGCAGAUCUUCAAGUUCCCAUCAUUCCCGUGUCGCUUCUCCUACUUACCAGCAAAUGGAGAUGGCAAGUGCCCGUGUGCACAGCCAUCCCGGCAAUGUACUUGCAUGCCACCAUUGUCGUCAUCUGAGCCGCUCUCCGAGCAUUGGGUUGUCAAAACUGGGAAUUAUGUUAUCGUUCAGCCAACGAUUCAAACUCACUUGACCGAGACGGUUCAGUUCCGACGUCAGUCGCAGCUGUGCGAUGGCCGCAUUCACUUGGUCAUGUGUGACCAGCAAUGUACUAGGUCUACGCUCUGCCAGCUCUUCGUUGAGAUGGGACGCCUGAGGAAUCGCAUUGACGACCAUCUUGGUGUGCAUGAUUUGCCCGCAUUGGCGUUUCGCAUUGAGCCUACUCGACAAGAUGGCAAGCUGGGUCCGUACCACCUGGCUGUGGAUGGAGAACCGUUUCCGUAUACUGACAUACAGGGGCGGAUCCACCCAGGCAUGGCAAAGAUAUUAGCAAGCCUUGCUUGAUGAUCCUCCACUCUUGCUUGAACUUGGCUGGUGGUGCUGUGGUACUGGUGAGUUGCUAACUUAUUGUACUUACUGCAGCUGGAUGUAAGAAAAACGAAGCAUUAGUUCUGCAGUCUUUGCUUCACUUCUUGUUUAUUCUUGACCUUUUUUCCGAUUGACUGAGUUAUGUUGGCUGGCGGGCCGGUCCGACUUCUUGGCUUAUAGCUUACUCCACAUCUUUCUCGAAUGGUUCAUUGAGCUGUGUAAUCGUUGCUGGAUCUGUCUAUUUUUGCUUUCUUAUCUGCUUCUUGAAAGCCAUAUCGUGAUGCUACACACACACACACUCUCUCUCUCUUUCUCUCUAUCUAUCUAUCUAUCUAACACCCCACCACCACCACACACACACAUGCGCGCGCGCACACACUUGCUAUCACUUACCAUGUUAACAUUAAUCUCUUGCUCACUCCUUUCCCGCAGCUAUUCUUUCCAUACAGUGGCUACUUAUCUUUGGAGUGUGAGCUUUCAGUGAUCUUCUGUCACUCUUAUGUCAGAUUAUACUUUGUUCUUCUAACCCUAGUCGCAGGAGUCUAUUUUCAAGUCAACUAAUUAUUACUUGCUUGUGCAAGCUGUUGCUAUUACUGGUAUUGUUGUGUUUUUGCUUUGCAUUCCGAAGCUGUCACAUCAAAGUAUCUACCAUUGAAUUUUACAAGUAUCAUCAAUUUAUCCACCAGAAUGAUUCAGAUAUCUCAGACUA